AUGGGCGCCUUCACGGGCCGCCGAGCCAGGCUGCUUCUUCUGGCCGCGGUGCUACUCAGGCCCUGCAACUUCGUAAGCUUCCAGGCGAGAUGGAGCAGGAGUGCCGAAUCCAGCAAGUUAGCCUGCAAAGCCUCCUUUGAGGAAAACCGGGAGGCAUUGAAGGAAUGCUUGGCCCGGGAGUACCAGAGCUUCUUCCGGCCCUUCGAGGCAGAGUACUACUCUGAGGAGGUGACCUUUAAGGACCCGCUGAACAGCCUCAAGGGCAAGGCCAGCUACAAGGCCAACGUGGAGAUGCUCUCUGGGGAGAGCCUCGUUGGGAACCUGCUCUUCUCGGACGGCUUCAUCGACCUCCACGGGGUGGAGGAGGUCCCCGGUGAGCCCACGCGCUUGCGCACCCGGUGGACGCUUGGCUUCGUCUUCAAGCUGUUGCCCUGGAAGCCGAAGGCGGUCUUCAGCGGGGUCUCCGAGUACACCAUCGAUGCCAAGGAUGCCAAGGUGUUGAGCCAGCGCGACUAUUGGGACAUCUUGAGCCUCCAAGACGGGGGCACCUACGUGCCGGAGGACGCCUUGAGCGGCGUCAAGGACCUGGUGGCGCAGUUGCUGCCGAAGGGUCUGAAGCCUCCAGAGGCGCAGGAGCCCCAGGCCGCAGAGAGCGCGUGGACGCUGCUGCGCCGGGCAGCGGCCUACCGCGUCUAUCGGGAUGGAGGCGAGCACUUCGCAGUGGAGGCUCCCGGCUUUGUGGGGGGCCUGGAGGCGGUGCGCCGGCAGAUGAAGGCACACGGCUUGGAAGCGGGCGAGGUGGUGAGGAAGGGCGGCAUGCAGGGCCUUCGGCUGCUGGAGUGCCGAGCUCGGGAGAAAGAGAAAUCGUAUGCUGAGCUGAAGAACAAAGUGGGGACCUUGCGCGGCAACGUCGCCGACGAGGAGGGGCGCAGUUCCGAUAUUCAGGUUGAUCCUUUGGACAAGAUGCCCCAGGAGAAGGAGGAGAAGGAUGAGGAGAAGAAGGAGGAUGAGGCAGACCCGAACCUGACGAAGGAGGAGCAAGCUGCUCACAUCAAGCCCCGAAGUUGUACCGAUGUCAUUUGCAUCUUCCUCUUCGUCGCUGCCCUCGUGGGCCUCUACUUCGUAGUACGCUAUGGCUGGGACAAUGGCGACACGCGGCGGAUUUACCACGGUAUCAAUUGGGAGGGCGAGGUGUGUGGCCUGGACAGCGCCGUCAAGGACAAGCCGUUGCUGUACUGGUGCACCAAACCAGGUCGGGCCUUGCUCGGCGAGGAUGUCUUGGAUGGGGCCGGGAAGUGGAUGGACUUAGCCAACCAGAUCCUGCCGCCCAGCCAGAACAUCGACUUGCUCCACCCGGUUUGCGUGUCGGCCUGCCCUGCGAACAGCGAUACCUUCCACUCCUGCCUGCAGGAGGUGAAGGUGGAGAAGCAGGAGCCGAAGAGUUUCGACGGCUCCUUCUGGAUGAAUUCCACCUACAUCUCGCGCUUGGUGCAGGAUGUCGCAGCCUUCGCAUUCGCGAGGCGCUUCUGCCUCCCCCAGGAGAACUUUAUCCUGGAGAACAUCAACGCCACCUUCCAGGGCUCCGCCAACCAGGUGAUGUACGGCCUGGCGGAGGUGAUCGAGUCCCGCUGGGCCUUCAUCAUCGCAGGCGCCUUCGCGGUGGUCCUGAGCUACAUCUACAUGUUCCUCGUGGACCUGCUGGCUGCUCCGGUGAUCUACGUGCUGCUGUUUCUGGCGGUGGCUGGGCCCAUAGCCACUGGGCUCUACUUCAUCUACGGCGCCUUUCAUGAGGAGGUCGGCAAAUUGAUCGUGGACAUCGCGGGCCAUGAGGUGAGUUUGCCGCAGGUGCCGACCACCAGCGACCGCAACUGGGACAUCGUCGUUGCGGUUGUGGCGAUCCUGGCGGGCAUUGGGAUGGCGAUCUUCUGGUGUUGCAAGCGGAAGUCCAUCAACUUCGUGGUGGUGGCCAUCAAGGCCACCAUCCGGGUCCUCUACGACGUGCCCACGCUGGUGUUGCUGCCGGCUAUCAACACGGCGGUCCGGGGCAUCGUGCUGAUCCUGGCACUGUGGGGCUUCGCGCUGAUCCUGUCCGCUGGCGAAAUAGAAGCCUAUGACGUGAGCAGCCUCGGCUACGUCCCUCACGGCAUCGCCAGGACCUUUUCGCCGGACCAGGAUGGGAUGCUGUACCUCAUCUACUACGUCUUCUGUGCUGCCUGGAUUUUCGAGCUGGUGCUGGCGCUGCAGCAGUUCGUCGUAGCAUACACCGUGCAAGUUUGGUACAACUCCCCCGUGAAAGACGGCAAGAAGCGGGUGCCCUGCUGCCCCAUCACGCGUGCCUUCUUCAUGGGCCUCACCUACCAUCUGGGCUCCCUCGCCUUUGGAGCGGUCCUGCUGGCACUACUGCGUGUGGUGUAUUUGGUGGUGGCCUUCAUGCAAAGCCAGGCCAAGAAGACGGGAGAUGAGAAGACCAAUGCUGCGGCCAAGAUGGCCACGGCCUGCUGCUGCUGCUGCCUGGACUGCGCCCGGCAGGUGCUGAAGUACCUGAACUCAGGGGCAUUUGUCAUGGUCGCAGUCAACUCAGACGGCUACUGCACCGGAGCCGACAGGGCGCUGCGGUACAUGGCCUCGGAGUUCGUGGCCAUCGGCGCCCUGGAGGGCAGCACCUUCUUCUUCCAGGUGCUGGGGAACAUCGUGAUCCCGGGCUCGGGGGGGUACUUCACCUACCUCGUGAUCAAGCACGUGGAGCAUUUCAAUGACCCGAGCUCCGACGGCUACAUCGCUCAGCCCGGGCUGAUGGCGGCGGUGGGCUCUGUGGUGUGUCUGGGCGUGUCCAUCUCCUUCAUGGCCAUCUUCGACACGGUCUCCGAUGCGAUGCUCUUCGCUUUCAUGACGGACGAGGAAUGGAGGAAGGGAAAGGGACUUCCUCCGAACCCCAACAUUCCGGAGAACCUGCAGAAGCUCCUGGAUACCACAAAGGAGUGA